AUGUCGUUCAUAACCGCCUUCUCAAAACCCUCUACUUCUGCCCUCACUCCCCUGCGCGCGCUGAAAACUCAGACACGCAGUAUUUCAUCUUCUCCAUAUGGCCGCACGCAUGUCUGGAAGCGCCGUCCAAACAAACUCCCUAACCCUGUCGUUCCACAAUUCCCGCAACGCGUGAUCCGUUCGGACGGUUCCACGUUCACGCACUGGACGACAUCCCCCCGCUCCGUGAUACGCCUCACGCGCGACGUCACUAACAACCCUAUGUGGAACGUUUCGUCGCUCACAAGCGAGGACGCCGAGGAGGAGAGCUCGACGACAGGUAGAUUGGGACGUUUCAACCGCAGAUUCGUCGAGGUUGGUGCUCGAGGCUCCGGUGGGCAGGAGGUCGAUUGGAUUGGCGAGGCAGAGGUUCAGGCACCAGAAGGCUCGGCUGGGAAGGGGAAAAAGGCAUAA